AUGAUUGAGGACUACAUGAAUCCUGUUAUUGUUGUGAAAAGGCUCCGGCCGGUAGGCGAGAGGAAUAAAAAGGCAAUAAACUUCUUUGGUUACCUUGCAUGGACACGGGAACAUCAUGACUACAUAGUUUUUCUCGUGCUCAAUAUACUGUAUUCAUAUAUACAGGUAGCCGUUGCUCUUUCUCAUGCUGCAAUUUUAGAAGAGUCUAUAAGGGCCCGCGAUCAGCUCAUGGAGCAGAAUGUUGCUCUAGAUUUGGCUCAACAAGAAGCAGAGCUGGCUAUCCAUGCUCACAAUGAUUUCCUCGCUGUCAUGAACCAUGAAAUGAGGAUACCCAUGCAUGCAAUCAUCUCCUUAUCUUCACUUCUUUUGGAAACAGAACUAACUCCAGAUCAAAGGGUUAUGAUAGAGACUAUACUCAAGAGUAGCAACCUGCUUGCAACCCUUAUUAACGAUGUGUUAGAUCUUUCUAGGCUUGAAGAUGGUAGCCUAAAAUUAGAUGCUGGGGUGUUCAAUCUUCAUGAAGUUUUCAGACAGGCCAUCAAUUUGAUAAAGCCUAUUGCAUCUGUAAAGAAGUUAUCCUUGACACUUAUUUUGGCCCCAGAUUUACCUGUAUAUGCUAUGGGUGAUGAGAAACGAGUGAUACAAACAAUCAUAAAUAUCGUGGGUAAUGCUGUGAAGUUCAUAAAGAAGGGUUAUGUCUCAGUUGUGGCUUCGAUUGCAAAACAAGAGUCUUUGAGAGACUGGCGAGCUCCUGAGUUUUAUUCUGUGUCAAGUGAUGGCUACUUCUUCUUAAGAGUGCAGGUUAAGGAUUCUGGUUGCGAUAUUCUCCCACAAGAUAUUGCUCUCUAUUUUACUAAAUUUGCUCAGUCUCAAAGUGGAUCAAACCGAAAUAAUAAUGGGGCUGGUCUUGGGCUCGCCAUUUGCGAACGGUUUAUAAAUCUAAUGGGGGGUCACAUUUGGACUGAAAGCGAGGGAUUGGACAAGGGUACAACAGUUUCAUUCCUUGCUAAACUUGGAAUCUCCAACGAUCCCAAUGAAUCAACAAUGCUGGAGGUUGCAGUUGCCGGUAGAACGGAUCAAGGGAGCGCAGAUUGCAUUGGACGUAACCUAUUUGCUAAAGAACUCCAUCGUUAUCAGAGGAGUCUUUAUACUCAAACUAGGUUGACUUUGUAGCAUCAUUUGUCUUGCGUGUUUCAAGGCGGAACUGAUCAGAAGCCAAGAAGUCAUUCCCUGAGAUCGGUAGAACCAAGUUUUCAGUGACAUUUUAUGCACUGGUGUAGGAUAUAUGGCUGGCAAACCCACCCUAUACUAUCCUAAAGAGCUACGCUUGCAUCUCUACUUCGUUCUGAUAUCUUUCAGUAUUCACUUAAACGUAAUCAUUAAUUUCUACGCUCAACAAGACGAAAAGAACGAAAGGCCUAGUAGUGCUUUAACUGUA